AUGCAGGAGGAUGCUGGGGGGAGCCGAGCAGCUGGAAGCGUUGCUGAAACACACUUGCACGCCCCCACUUCCCCCCUGAACCGGCGGCACUGCCUUCCCCUCCUCAGCCCACUCAUCGCUCAGGUCCACCAGCAAAGCAUGCGGUGCUUCCCCCGCCCUGCAAGUGCUGCCAUCUCGGAGGUGAAUCUGCAGAGCCACCUGCACUUUCAGGGGGAACUGUUCGUCAUCUCAUUGUCCUCCUCGACUGGGGAAGCUGGUGGACAGCUUGACACAGAUGGCAUCCAAGGUUCUCCUCGUCCUUCUCGGGCUGGGCGCCGAGCGGAAAGUGCGCAGCCGCGAGGUGCAGUCAACGCCGGCAGGAGCGCGGGGCGCAGGGCCAGGGCCCGCCUCCAGGGGGCGGUGUGCGUCCUUAGCGCUGGAGCACCUGCGUUUCGGGACCCGGGCAGGUGUAGGGGUCUGCGCUCGGCUCCAGGCCUCCUGCGGCUGUCCCUUAACUUCCUCAAAAGACAACAUCAGUCCUGGCUGCCCUCCAGCAGAGCCAUCCCAAGGCAUUAUCUAGGCAUCAGGGUCUUCACCAGGGCAACACAGAACAUCUCCGCAGAAUACCUGGUGGCUGCAGCGGCUGAUAUGGGAUGUGUGCCUGCUUUCCAUCAGAUUGCCAAAGCAGAGCCCCUGGAGGCUUUGACCCAUGCCCCUGAGGCUCCCUUUCACGAGGAAGAAAUUCUUUGGAAAGCCAACACCACUAUUGGAGAGAAAGUGGAGGGUGUGUUUUAGAAGUACUGUCUUUACUUUGGGAAGC